CGACCAACCUUACUUGCUUGUUUGCUUAAAUCGAACACAGGCGAAGCGAGCCAGAAUCUUUGUUUCAUACUUAUAUCGGUCGAUUAAUCCUCCUGAUUAUCGCGGACCAUCCGUUAAGCAAUAAUGACUAGUAAGAAGACGAAGAAUCCUACAGUAUUCUUGGAUGUCUCCAUUGGCGGGGAUCCCCUUGAACGUAUUGUCAUUGAGCUUUUUGCUGAUGUUGUCCCCAAGACUGCCGAAAACUUUCGUGCCCUCUGCACAGGUGAGGCAGGCCUUGGAAAGACCACUGGGAAGCCAUUGCAUUUCAAAGGAUCAUCUUUCCAUCGAGUCAUUAAAGGAUUCAUGGCUCAGGGUGGUGAUUUUUCUAACGGAAAUGGCACCGGCGGGGAGAGUAUCUAUGGUGGGAAGUUUUCAGAUGAGAAUUUUGAACUGGACCACGAAGAAGGUGGAUACCUUUCGAUGGCAAAUUGUGGCCCAAACACCAACGGGUCACAGUUUUUUAUCCUUUUCAAACGCCAGCCACAUCUCGAUGGGAAGCAUGUUGUAUUUGGGAAAGUCGUGAAGGGAAUGGAAGUUGUCAAGAAAAUGGAGCUUGUGGGGACGACUGAUGGUAAACCAACUAGCAAUGUCAAAAUAAUCGACUGUGGCGAAAUGUCUCAGUUAAAAGCUCAGGAUGCUGCUGAAAAAGAUAAAGGGAAAUUGAAAAAAUCGAGCAAAGGCAGGAAAGACUCUCGGGAGAAGAAGGUUAAGCGCAAAAGAAGAUACUCGUCUUCGUCUGAUUCAUAUAGCUCAAGUUCUGAAUCAGAUUCUGAAUCAGAAACAGAUUCAUCCUCUUAUGAGUCUAGUUCUUCCAGUGAUGGGAAGCGUAGGAAGAGGAGGUCAACAAAGAGACACAAAGGCCGACGUGGGGAAAGAAAGAUUAAAGGACGAAACGGGAAAAAGACUAAACCACCUCAGCGCAGAAACAGGGAUAGUUUAAGUGACACCGAGAGUAGCAAUUCUGAUGACGAGAGAAUGGGCCACGAAAAGUCAAAGAAAGCUAAAGAUGGAGGAAAAGUUUCGGCAGCUGUGCCUGUAAGGAAUGCUGCUAUUCCUAGUCUUGAGGAGAAGAGGGAGGAUGAACUUGUUGGCAAUGGAAAGGCCACGAAAGUUGAUGAUCAACGUGCUGACUCGGUGAAAUCAAGGAGUAUGAGCCCAGUUCCUAGGAGCAAAAGUCCUAGUAGAAGCCCUGUGAGAGAUCUUGGAAAUAGGAGCAGAAGUCCUCGCGAGAAGCUAGCAGUGAGGAAACCUUCAAAAAGCCCAUCUCCCAAUGGUGAGCCCAAGCGCAUCCGAAAGGGGCGUGGGUUCACAGAACGUUAUUCGUUUGCUCGGAAGUACCGUACACCAUCUCCUGAGCGUUCCCCUCCUCGGCACUGGCCUAAUAGAAGAAGCUUUCAGGACAGGAACACGGACAGGUAUGCUAGCAACAGGAGUUACUCUGAUCGCUCACCUAGAAGACGCUUUAGGAGCCCACCCAGGAGAAGGAGCCCUCCAAGGUACAACCGGAGAAGAAGAAGCAUUUCAGGGAGUCCAGAAGGGCAGGGCAGACGUUUCAGAGACAGAAGCAGGAGCCAAAGUCCAGAAGGGCAGCGCAGACGUUUCAGAGAGAGAAGCAGGAGCCAAAGUCCAGGAGGGCAUCGUAGCCCUAGCGGGAGCCCUAGAAAGAGGCAGCCAAUUAGCCAAGACCUUAAAUCUCGUCUCGGUCCAAAAGGAUCUCCCAUCAGAGGAGGAGCCACCUCUCGUGAAGAAUCGCUCAGUGCUUCUCCCUCAACCUCUCCACCGGGCCAGAGAGGUCUGGUUAGCUAUGCAGAUUGAUCACUCAUCCAUCGAUUUGCAUUCUGCUGAUGACUUGAGAGUUUUGUUGUUGUGAUAUGAUACUCUUACAUUUGGUUGUUGUUGCUUUACAGAUUUGUUGAAUUAUCAUUUUAUUGCACAAUAGUUUUGGGUUUUUAUGAGCUUUAAUGUCUGCGAUCACACAAGCUCUUUUGUUAGGAAUCAGACCCAAAAAAAUCCGAGUUGAAAUGAUAAAAUAUCUGAUCGGGUUCUC